UAGCAAGGAAGAGUUGGAAUCAUUUUCUGCAUUUUCUUCUCGCAUGGCUGCAUUAGAUUUCAUUGUUUGUGAUGAAAGUGAUGUAUUUGUUACCAAUAAUAAUGGUAACAUGGCAAAAAUUUUAGCGGGACGAAGGAGGUAUUUUGGACAUAAACCUACCAUUCGGCCAAAUGCCAAGAAAUUGUAUAGGCUGUUCUUGGACCGAGACAACAUGACUUGGGAAGAAUUUGAAUCAAAAGUUCGCAAGUUUCAGCGAGGUUUCAUUGGGGAGCCCAAAGAGGUGAGACCAGGAAGGGGUGAAUUUCAUGAAAACCCCGCUUCCUGUAUAUGUGAAGAUUCAGAUGCAAAAGCAAAGGUGGAUUCACUUUCAAGAAAAUUUGGCAAGGAAAAUGGUGUAAGAAAGGAAGAUGUUGAUACUGCAGCUGAUGAUGAAAAUAUGGAUGAUGAACCGGAAGUUUCUGAUGGUGAUGGUGAUGAAGAUCCAGAUGACCUUCCUACAAAUAUUUUGCUAAAUGGGACGGCUUCAGAUUAUGAGGCGUCUCUCUUGGACAACCCUGAGCUGGAUGAGUUGCUUUCCGAUUGAAUGAAAUCUUUGACCUUCCUGGAGAAGUUCUUUUCUUUGGCUAAUCUAUUGUCUGACACUCUUUUCAGUCUUUCUACAAUGGCUUCGACAAAGGUGCAGCUCUAGGCCCAUCUGCGUGAACUAUGCAGAUGAUUUGAUGUAUAUUAUGGCCCUUUUGAUGGAGUGAGAUGGAGCAAGAUUUCACCAGUAAAGCUGAUUGCAUCAUUAUGGUUAAUCGAGUUUCAACCUGUAAGGGCUCCGUGGGAGAUGAAAAUCGUACUCGGGGCUUGGAAUGGGUGGCAUUGCUUUCACAAGAAACUUGGGGCUUUUAACUAAUUGUAUGAACAAAGGCAGAGUUAGGACUGCGUGAAUGCAGGUAAACAUAUUUUAGGAUAGAUUGGAACUAGACAAGUCCGGUUGACGCAAAUCAUGCGGUCAAGGAAUGAAAGUGGCUGGGUAACUUGCUACUGACAAGUAGGCGAGUGGUUGAAUCUUAUACGCGGAGAUGAGCAUGCUGCAAAGUAUAUUAGGAAGCAAACGACGAUGAAAAUUUCAUCGCAAAGAUGUUUAUGAAUGUCGUCGUGCUCUCUUCUGCAAUUAGCACGGCAAGGGGCCCGGAGGCAUAAUUAGACGUACCAAGAGAAUUGAAUUUGCCUUUUUUUUUUUUCAUUUUUUAUUUUUGGGGGGUUCAUUUUUCCCUUCUGGAUGGAUCCUUGGAUCUGGAAGCCUUAAUUUGUACUGAUUCACUAGUAAUGUGCAUCAAAAGUAGGCAAGUGUAGAUUAAAAUUUGAGGGAUCAUAUAUAUUAAUUAUCAUUCUUCUUGUGGUUA